AUGCCGACAUCCACCAGCCCUUUCCCAUCUCAAUUCCCAAUCCCUCGCUCCGGUAUCCUUACCACUCCGACUGGUGAUCGGCAUAUUCCUCCAUCAACUCGCGCCGACGGCUCCCUCCGCAAAGAAAUCAAGAUACGACCUGGCUACAGGCCCCCUGAAGAUGUCGAAGUCUACAAGAACAGGACGGCCGAGGCAUGGAAGACAAGAGGAAGUGGCGGUGUUCCUGGCGCCGAGGGUCUGAAAGAUUUAGAGGAUGGAAAGUCAAGCACGGGAAAGAAUGCUAAGAGAAGAGAAGCGAGGAAGAAGGCAAAGGUUGCGGAGGGCGAGGAGGAGAAUGAGAGUCUUGUGAACGCAAAAGCAAAGGUGGAAUGCUAUCGACAAUCCAGCAAAGAUUCAAAUCCGGACAAAGAUUCAAACCCGGAGUGGAAGGAUAAUGGGAGGGCAGAAGGUCCGCCACCAUCUCAGGAGCCGGAGCCUGAGCCUGAGCCUGAGCCUGAGGUGGAACCCGAAGCAGAGAAGGAGAAACAGGCGCGGAACUUGAAGAAGAAGCUACGGCAAGCACGACAAUUGCGAGAGAAGAAGGAUAAAGGAGAAAGUUUGCUCCCUGAGCAGUUCGAGAAAGUUAUCAAAAUCCAGGAGCUAAUACGACAAUUGGACAGUCUAGGCUUUGAUAGCGAUGGAGCUAAGAAGGCACAUGAUGUGUGA